CGAUAGAAGAAUCAACAGUGGCGCUACGUUAAAUAAUGGAAACUCGAACAAAGAGCUAACCAGCCACUAGAAAAUAAGAGGUUGUGCUCCUUCCCUGUCCCUUGCGUGGAGUUUGGGCGCACGGGAAUGAGAUGCACGAACACUUUCGGCCAUCAUAACCAUCUUGUGCAACUGUUUCUCUUCGGCCGUGUUCUAGUGCAAACGAACGAUGGACGCCAUUCGCUCGCACGAGAUAAAUCUUUUCUUCGCUCUAUCGUGAAGCGAGAGUGCGUACGCGUAACUCGGUACCGGGUGUGAAGCUAUGCAAUAGUGUGACCGUGUGCGAAAGUGGUUUCGGAGGAGCUUAGCGGAGCGAGGAUCUCAGCCUCGGGAACGGGGAGCAGCGCUUCGCGCGAGGCGCGUGCAGCCGGGCAGGCUUGUCUUGGCGCUCGCGGUCGCGGAGCAUGGCGGACACGAGCUGAGCGGCCGCGGCGUCCGGUCCGGGGUCUCGCGGGCCGCUCCGCUCAGCCGGCCCGAUGAACGCGGCACGGCUGAGGUUAUUUUAUGGGUAUAUGCGUGAGCUGCCGGCGCCGCGAGAGGAAGGCCCCGGAGAAGCUAGUGGCGCUCGGCGCGGGCGGGCCCGCUAAGGGCACGGCGGCCCUGCUGCUGCCGCGGCGCGCCGACCCGCGGCCGUUGCGCCCGCUGCCCAUCAUGGCCAACUCCAUUUCCAACAUCAAGAUGACCAACCCCAUCAAGGGCAUGGUCAGCAAGCGGCGGAAACGCUACAUCAAGGACGGAUUUAACCUGGACUUAGCCUAUAUCACAGAUCGGCUGAUAGCGAUGGGUUUUCCAGCGGAGAAGCUGGAGGGAGUCUACAGGAAUCACAUCGACGAGGUCUACAGGUUCCUGGAGCAGAUGCACAAGGAUCAUUAUAGAAUUUACAACCUCUGCUCCGAGAGAACCUACGACACUGCAAAAUUUCAUGAGAGGGUGGUAAGGUACGCGUUCGAGGACCACACGCCGCCGAACAUGGAGCUGAUCCUGCCGUUCUGCGAGGACGUGCACAAGUGGCUCAACGCGGACCCCAAGAAUGUGGCAGCCGUGCAUUGCAAAGCGGGCAAGGGCCGAACAGGCACCAUGAUAUGCUGCUACCUGCUGUACAGCCAGCAAAAGGCGACGGCGGACGAGGCACUCAGGUUCUACGGGACGAGACGGACGCAUGACGAAAAAGGCGUAACGAUACCAUCGCAGCGGCGCUACGUGGAAUACUUCGCUGCCCUCGUCCGCUCCCGUCUCACAUACACCGCCACUAAGGUCCACAUUCGGGAACUCAUCAUGUCGCCUCCACCGAUGUUGAAUGGAGGACAAUGUUCGCUGGAGCUCACUGUGUCGCAGGCCAGUCCGCCACUGAAGGUAACAGAAUGUACAGAAUUCCCACCGUUUAUACUUCUCACAUACACAACUAAAGUCCACAUUCGGGAGCUCAUCAUGUCGCCACCACCCAUGUUGAAUGGUGGAAAAUUUUCGCUGGAGCUCACUGUGUCGCAGGCCAGUCCGCCUCUGAAGGUAACAGAAUGUACAGAAUUCCCACCGUCUAUACUUCUCACAUACACAACCAAAGUCCACAUUCUGGAGCUCAUCAUGUCGCCACCACCCAUGCUGAAUGGAGGACAAUGCUCGCUGGAGCUCACUGUGUCGCAGGCUAGUCCGCCUCUAAAGGUAACAGAAUGUACAAAAUUCCCACCGUCUAUACUUCUCACAUACACAACAAAAGUCCACAUUCGGGAGCUCAUCAUGUCGCCACCACCCAUGCUGAAGGGAGGAGGAUGCUCGCUGGAGCUCACUGUGUCGCAGGCCAGUCCGCCUCUGAAGGCACCAGCGGGUUGUCACGAAGUCCGGCGCGGUCCGUCGGCAGUGUCGGUGGCGCUGACGCACUGCACGCCCAUGUGGGGCGACGUGCGCGUGGACGUGUGCUCCAAGCCCAAGGUGUACAUGCGCAAGGAGAAGCUGUUCCACUUCUGGUUCAACACCUUCUUCCUGGCCGCGGGGCUGGACGCGGUGCGGGUGGAGCCGGAUGACGGUUCGAAUUUGGAGACGUUCAAACUGACGUUAAACAAAUGGCAGUUGGAUGACGCACAUAAAGACAAACAGCAUAAAUUAUAUAGCGAAGAUUUUAAGGUGGAGCUGAUCGUGCAGAAGCUGCCGUCGUCGUCCAAGUUCACGGGCAGCGCCCGGCGCGCGGGCGCGGGCGCCGCCACGCCGCCCUCCUCCUCCGCCUCCUCCGGCUCCGAGCCCGACACCGAGGCCGACGAGCACUGGGACUCCGGCGCGCGCGUGGAGCGCGUGGGGCGCUACCGGCCGCUCUCGCCGCCCGACCCCCACCCUGCGCCUGCGCACCAGCCCGACACGUGAAUCUACAUACUUGUGAAGCACGCGGGUGCUCUCGCUUUCCCCUCCCCGAGGCAAAGGCUCCCCUAACACGGUGCACUAAAGACUAAAAUCCUCUGAAGCCUUUACUCUAGUGAUGUUACGAACUAGUAUAUGUGUAGAUAUUCGAGUAGGUACGUGGAGUUUUUUGUACAGAGAUUUUUAAAGACUUGUGAUAAGUGGAAGUGAUCUUGGUACUGUACGUUACCUCGAUGUAAAUACGGUGGGUUUUUUUUUGAUACAUUUAAGUUUUCAAGGUCACAAUGUGUGCUCUUGUCUUUAUGACUGAAUGAUAAGUACAUUGAAUUAGCUUUUUUGACCUUUUUUUGUCUAACGCACUUUUUGCUGAGGCGAUGGUCGAGGAGCGUAGAUGUUAUUUGGCCUGACACUUUACUGGUAGACUUUAUGGUAUUGUAAUACGGUUUAACAAUGGUCAUUUGAUAGUGUUCAUUAUUUUUGCAAGAUUGUCCAGCGCCAUCUAGUGGUUAAGGUGACAGCUUAAAAAAUCCCAACUCUACGUGUGUGGUGCCCAGUCUCUGGCUAAUUUACCCCUUUGGUUUUUUUAUGAAAAAUUCGCUAUCUGAUAUUGGAUUGGGUAUAUGAUUUUUGAUAAAAAUCGUAUCACUUGCAUAUGGGUAUUAUUAUUUAUGGCAGUGAUAUUUAGGUCCGAAGUUUUGACAUCUACUCUUUUCGAUACAUCUAAUGAGGCUGGUUUGUCACUAGUAUAAAUAAAUGAGCUACCAUUUCUGUCCCUCUCUACUACUCUAUCUCUUUCUAACACCGUGAAAGAUAGUAAUUAAGUACACUACUGUGCAAAAUUCAUUUUUUAAGUAAUUCUGAUCACAAGAAGGUCGGUUUAAGGGUGGUUUCUUCUGAAAAACAACCGGAACUAAACUCAAAUAUUUAUAAAAUUCUAAAAUAUUUAGUAACUGAGAAGUUAUUACCCUCGUGCCGGGUCAUUCCUGAUGCAGAGGCAACACGAUUCAAUGCGGCAACGCGGAGAGCGUGAUAGGCACCUUUGCGUUUGCAAGGGCGCGGAGUUGUUUGACUAAGUUUUUUUUUUAAAUACUGAACUCAGUUAAUUUUUAAUCACUUUACAAGGAAAUCUCAACAAAUGGUAGCUAUCGCGAACUAAGUAUACAAGGUGCUUGAUUUUCAUACAAUCUGUAUAUUUGAUACGCUAUAUUUUUAUUAGUGACAAACUUUAUCGAUGUUAUAUCGAGUCGGAUUCGCUCCCUGAACGUAGAUACUUUUUAGCCUUCACAUGGCCAGUAUCGAAAUAAAUCGAGGAUUUUUUUAAUUAUAUUUUGACUUGCAGCCAGUUUUGAAUAUUUGUGAGUGUUCUCAGACUAACGUACAAACCGAGGGAUUCUAAAAUACGACAAAACGCUUAGAGAAAGGGUAGAUAUGGCCCUAUGUAUUUUCUUGACGUGAGCACUACCAUGUCUUAAGCUAUUAUACUAAUCCUAAAAGUCAUAAGCAUCUUUUUUUCUUUUUUCUGACCGUUUGUAUUCCUAAUUAAAGAAGUUAUUAAGAAGAAGUUAUAUUAAAGGCUAAGAAAAAUCGUGUCGGGAUCGAAUCGUGAUCGAUAUAUUUUGAGGUAACUUAACAAUUGUAAAAUAAUGAACAGUCGCCAUCAGAUAUAUCGAAGCGGUCAUGGUGUUCAAAAAUAUCGGGACAAAGCGUCCACUAUCGACUAUUAUCUGACUUCUGUAACACAGGUUUUUACCUAGCUCGGAAGUCAGGGACUUCAACACCUAUUUUAUACUUGCUUCUGUCUUAAUUUUUUUUUAUCAAGACGUUAAAGUGCAAAGAGGUAUUGGGAUUAAACUGAGCAACUAUGAGACCAACCCCGAAAUCCCGAAAAAAAAUUUGGCUGUUUCUUACAUUUUGGCUGGUCCAUUUUCUAUGGGAGGGUACAUCUUUUUUUCACGAUUUCGUGGUUGGUCCCAUAGUAAAAGUUGCUCAGUAUAUCCCCGAAACUUCCCUGGCAACGGGAAUGCACUUAUUUUUUAGCCACCCUGUAUAUGUAUACAGAGUUGUAUGUACAAGAAUAACUCGUUUAAACGUAUAAGAUUAAAACUAGUUCUGGAAAGUAAUAUACUCAGAAAUAUACAAAACUGACUGCACCGAGACUAUUGUUUAAAAUAGUCUCUUAACUUGUUGUAAUGUCGAAUUUUAGUGUUAUCAUAAGAAUUCAUUGUGAAGGCGUGUUUGGAGUAAGAUGGCGUCACAAAACAGAACGUUAUAAUACGACCUCUAUCACAGAAUAAAUAAUAGUACUUGGUACAUAAGGUUCACUCUCUGACAAAAAGCGUAUAUUACGCGAGCAGGCGUAUUCCGUAGCGGUGCGCGGCAACUACUAUGGCUAGACACCGAAAUUGGUGUGGGCCGCAUGUACUUGUAGCGACGCGACGAAAUCGCGGAGUGAGCCACGCAUGCCUCUGUUUAUGAAGCUCAUCGUUGGGGGCUACUAAAGUAAUUACGCUAAGCACGAAAAUUUUCGUACAUUUAACCCGGCAUUUCCUAUCUCUAUCGCACGCGAAUAAUUUAAUUGCUGUCCUUGAGUGCGGGCAUUAUCAGCGGGACAGCUAUAUAAUUAUGCGCGUGCGAUAGAGAUAGGAAAUGCCGGGUUAAAUGUACGAUUUUUUUUGUGCUCAGCGUCCUUACUCCAAAGCAAAGAGAUUUGAUUGUAAUACAGAGGUAAAUUCUAAGAAUAAAAAGUGCCCCUUAGUUUGGCAUCCAAAACAGAUGGCGCCGUACUGCGCCAUAUGUUUUGCGGUCACUGAAUUGUCAAACGUCAACUUUUUGACAGUCAGAGUUACCGCAAAAUGCAUGGAGCUGUACAGCCCCAUCUCGAUUACCUGUCAAAUUCAAAGCACAAAAUUGUCUGAGAUUUUUCGCGUCUUACUCAAUCAAUGUACCUUUGCUCUAAAGUACCUAAGUAAGUACAGAUGUAGUGCAUAAUUUUUUUCCGUCAUAUUUUCUCGGAAAAAUUCGUAUUUGUCAUGCUACUUUAGUCAACCUCAGUACUUUUUGUAUAGUAUGAAUCUUCUCAAAUGAUUUUUACGCCUAAUAUGUUAAACAAAAGCCAUUGUUUCUUUUAUGUGGACGGUCGGCCAUUGUGUCUAAGCGCGUGGCCAUUGUGUCUAAGCGCGUGCCAUGGCGUCUGAGCGCGUGACACGCAAUUUGUGACGUCAUCUUUCCAAGACAGCCUGGUGAUUUGAUUCUAUUUUAAUAUUAAUAGUUAAAAGAACUACAUUGCCGAGUGGCGAGGCAGAUUUUCCCACCAGCGUAUUUGACUAAGUCUUUUGGGGGUGUUUGUUUAGUUUCGAAAGAUCUCAACUGCCGUCAAUGUUUGGAACAUUUAGUUGAGAAACGAUGUUGGAAGGCGUAAUAUGCACCUUAGCUUGAGGUAUUAAGGUUCAAAUUGUACACUGCCAAAUGGAACCUAACAUAGACAAAGGAAUAUACUGAGAUUAAUACGUAUUUACGUGUACACGUCGCGCGCUCGAUCAGUAGAGUACAGUCCGUGCUCCAUUAGAAGGUCCUCAUAAAGGAUCGGAAUAUCGAGAUUAUUCGAAUUAAUAAUACGUAACUAUAUUAUCGCAUUAAAUAAUUUUACGGUUUAGACUCGCCAGACUCGCUUGUUUUAAUAUAGUCACUCAUGCGAGGACAUGUUUCGGAGAGCCUAGGUCUCCUUUCUCAAGCACUACCAGUGCGAGCAUCGUUCACGACGGCCGUGUAUCGCGUACCUUAGAACAUGCGUUUAACACAUUCACUGCCCCCAACGCACAUGUGCGUUCACCGUCAUACAAGUUUGUUCCUAGGCCACGCCCGCUGUCAGUGAAUGCGUUAAGUCGCGCGAGUGACUAAAACAAGUGAGUCUAAACUGUUAAAUUAUUGAAUGUUAGUAUGUCUCACAACAGUUUAAAUUCGAAUAUUAACUCUAUAUAAUGACAACUAUUAUGUACAUGACAAUACAAUAAAUAAAUGAUAUGAUAUGAUUAUCGCAUAUUUGUCAGAGUACAGUGACAAACGUUUUAUGGUGGGUUAUGUUAGCGCUUAAAACCCUACGACGCUAUCUGCCUCUCUAUAUCACUAAUAUGGAAGAGUGAUACAGAGACAGCGUUUCGUUGUCGUAACGCAAACGAUUGACAUCUUGGCUAGCCCCCCCGGUUACAGCAAAAUUGAUGUGCCAUGCGGCUCCAUCUACUUUGGCUACAAUAUUUUUCAAUGCUUUCUGUAAGUAGUCUAUUCCUUUGUCUACAAAACGAGUUAUUGUCGAUCUGAUGUCGUUUCUUAACUCACGAUAAAUUAAAUAUAUUGUUAAUAAAUAUUGUACAAUUUUCGAAUUAUUUGAUGUUACGCUUCUUAGUCCUUGCAAAGGUUUAAUUAUUUAACAAGGACAACAAAACUCGUUUGUGAAUGGGUGCAAUAUUGAAGUAAAGUCAAUGUGAGGAAUACCGUCUGUUAGGUAAGAUCGUCUACCUACAAGCUCUGUCGUCGCUUCUAACUCUUGCGUUGGUGCACAUAUUCCACUUGCAGAAGGUCGGUAGAGCAGAAGAUGCGAUGCUCUUCCUUUAUGACUUGUGUCUGAGCGAAGAGCGUAUUCAAAUAUUUCAAAUACCAGUUUAAAGCCUUAUGAUUUAUGACGUGACGGUCUUCCCAACCAAAAAUAUAUGCCGGUCUUACCCACAAUGACCUAUGUGACUUAAGAUGUUACAUUUUGUGGCUAAAUUGUUCAGUAUAUCCAACGAUUAGAUAUAAUCAGAGAAAAAAACCGACCACCAUAGGUAUUUCAAAAUUUUCAAUAUCAAUCUCCAAAGACUAAGAAGCUAACUCAAUGCUAUUGGCGCCCUUUUCUUUGUAAUUGUAAAUACGACAAUGUAUUAGUGUUAAUGAUCUGCUCGCAAUAGACAGAUGACAGAUCGUCAGACGGCCUACCGCGAACAUCAAAGUUUCUUUAUCUGCCUCUCUAUCACCCCCAUACUUAGCUAUAGAGACAGAUAACGAACAUUAAGCUAAUUUGACGGUUUACUCACGUAUUUUUCGUCACUCGCGCAAUAUGUUAGUGCUUGAAAAUGGAGACCUGGGCUCUCCGAAGCAUAUCGUGCCUGUGACUGUGACUGAAUAUGUGACCGUAAAAUUAGCAUUGUUAGUGCCAAUUGCACCAUCCGCACUUGACAAACUGAUCAGCGUCACCCGGCGCGACGCGGCGACUUUCUAUGCAAUAAAAUUUAACGAACUCUUUAACGAUGACAAACAGUUUGGUGCAACCGACUAUGGAUGGUAUAGAAAAGGAUGCCAAUCUCUUAUGGCAGAAUUGUUGCAAAAGUGACCGCUUUCAGCUUUAAAUAAUGGUUCCUAAUCUCUCCGGUGGCGCUAGUUAGGGUCUGGGACAUGAGUAUAACAUGAACCAACAAAUAACCCGACCAAAUUACGUAGGUUGUUUUUGGUAGUAUUUCGGUGUAUGGUGGCGCCGCCUAUAUACUGUUUUUUGAUGGACACUUUUCAUACAUAGAGAUUUGGCUCCUUUAUAUAGUCUCCAUGCAACCGACCCUUAGCAUGACUCACGACAGUUUAAAUUGGACAGAUAACGAAAUUUCGAUGUUCACAGUAGGUCCUCGAUUCAGACAAUAGAUAGGUGAAUUGAAUAUGGCAGGCCCAUUCGUUUUACUCGUGUGUGCGUUUUGUGUUUCUAUGACGUUUUUGGGAGUGGGAUCGUAUCUGUGGGUUUUUUUUUAUCGAUUGACAACCUAAAAGCGCGGGAUUCCCCCAGUGUGCAGCACAUGCAUUUUUGUACUUAAUUUGUUUGUGCCGCACACUGGUGGAAGCCUUGAUGUGUUCGUUUGAUGUCGUCAAAAAAUUACGACGAAUGUUAUGAAAGGUCAUUCUUUAUUUAGAUACAAGGAAAAAUCCGAAGACACUGCGUUUAUGUGUCGUUCUCACGCAAAAGGUUAUUAUUUAAAUGUCAGAUGGACAACUUUACAAUCGAUAGAAUUGUACGAAAAAACAAAGAUUUGGAUGGAAUAACAUCGAAUGUUAAAGCUGAAAUGGCAACGCCAGUAAUGCCUAAAGUAUUAGAAUGGUUUUGAGGUAACUGUAAGUAUAGUUGUGCCGUUCUCGAGAAUGUUCUCUGUUUUGUAUGGGAAACAUUCUCGCUCGAGAAUAUUCCCCAUAAUAAACGGAGAACGUUGUCGAGAACGGCACAACUCUUUAACUGUAAGAGACGCGCGCCUAUACAAUAAACAUGAAACAUGAUACCCAAGUCAGUCAAAUAACUUAAUUUGUACCUACCGAAUCAAAAACAUUAUCAUUUUAACUAUUAAGUUGAGUCUAUCUUCAAACAUUUUAGAAUAUUUUUUAUUAAUGACAGUUAAUUUUACUUUUUACGCGACAUUACUCAAAUAUUAGAUUGCUUAGUUACAUCGAACGAUUUCUCGUAUAUAUUUUUUUCGUAUGAGGCGCGCGGCAUGGUCGGACGUUGGUUGAGGUCAUUCCUAUUUAUUCUAUUUUGUUUAGAUAAUAGAAAUGACCAGUUGGUUGACAAGAUUCCAUAAAUGGAACGAAUAGGUUCGGUUAAGGACACGUAGAUAGGUUAGGCAUAGGUUCUAUUUAAUAGAAGUAGGUUCUGAACGUCAUAGAAACGCUCCUAACGCGAUUUAAGAGCUGAAAUGUGAAAAAGUUAUGAAAAAAAUACAAAAAAUUAAAAACGUUUCGGUUUAAGCAGCGAAUACACCGGGCGACAAAUGUCCUUGGAUAUUCUUCGCCUAGUGAAAAGGCUUUAGGUCUGUUUUGGUUUUUUGACGGUCUUGACUUCAGAACACCUAGUGUCAAUUCCAUUCGAUAGCGUGACUAUAGUUGUGCCGUUCUCGAGAAUGUUCUCUGCUUUGUAUGGGAAACGUUCUCGCUCGAGAAUAUUCCCUGUAAUAAACGGAGAACGUUGUCGAGAACGGCACAACUAAGCGUGACCAGCGUUCGCGUUUGCGUUAUGUCUAUUUUUGUAUGGGAUUUUGAACAGCGCGCCAAGCGGGACGUUUUGAAUACUCAAAAUCCCAUACGACUUAACGCAAACGCGUACAUCACGUCACGUUAUCGAAUUAAAUUUACACUAAGGGUACAUAGCGAGAGAAAGUUUAAUAUCCGAGAAAUGCCUAUCAAAUCGGCCUAUUCAUGGAUCCUGCUUUUGUGCCUACUAAAAAGAAAGAAAGAUCGGCGGUCGGGUAUCCAUUAUCGGGCGAUUCUCAAUGCCGGGAUUGAAAUCCGAUAUUGGCCCGCAAUACCGGAAUUUCGGAAUUAAUACCGGUAUUGAAAAUGCCGAUAACAAUCUUUUUUUAAGUUAAAUCAGUUACAGAUCUAGUGCAUAAUUGUUUUCCAUCGUAUUUUCUCGGAAACGUUCGUAUUUGUCAUGCUACUUCAGUCAACCUCAGUACUUUUUGUACCGAGACUGACUGAAAUGGCAAGACGCGUUCGUACGUUUCCGUGAGAAUACGAUGGAAAAUAAUUAUGCACUAGAUCUGUAAAUAGUAAAUGAAAAUACUUCGUUUUUAAUGUUUUUGUUACACAUAAAUACUUAUACAAUUUGUUAUCAAUGUUAUCAUAAUUUAUGCAUUUUCUGUAACAACAGAAUUGUAUGAAGAUAUAUCUGUUACACUUUUUUCAUUGAAUGAAUAUUCGUAUUCACACUAAUUAUUAAAUUUGCAAUAUUUUUUAUUAUUAAAUGACACUAAAAAGUUCCGAUACAAGUUUUUAUUUUUCUUUGCCAUUUUUUUAUGUGACCUUUUUUGCCACUUUUGGGUUUUCUAGUCAGGAUCACGAGUUCUUUCGUUCCUAAUGGAAUAAAAAAAUGUCCCUUGGAAGGUUUUUUUCGAUUGUUACCAUUUUCCCAUAUACUUUCUAUGGCGGUAACAGAAAGGAAAGUUUGAAAAGUGUAUGGAAAUUUUGGGACACUUUUUUUCUCCUAUAAGGAUGAAAAGGGCUCGUGAUCCUGACUAGAAAUAACACAAAAGUGGCAAAAAAGUUCACAUAAAAAAAUGCAAAAAAAAAAUGUAUUUCGGGAUUCCGGAAUUCCGGUAUUUAUGCCCUAGUUGGGGAUUGGCUAACAAACUGUAAUUUUAGUUUCUACGAUAUAAUAAAAAGGCAUAAGUUACAACUGACCGUCAAAUUAGUAAAAUGGGCCUUAGGGUUUAAUAAAAAAUAGUUUUCUAACGAAACUUGUUUGGACAAGGCUGUCCUUGUUACACGAAUGCUUCCCGUUUUGAAUAAUGUUUUUAUAAGUGUCAUGAAAUUGUAACAUUUUUUUUUUCAUUAAUUAGUUUGUAAUUCUUUUUAAUGUAUGGCUAAAAUUGAAUAGUUAUCUGUUAAGUAUUUGGCUCAUUCGAGGUAAUUCAUAAAAUUUCAAUAUGAUUGUAAAUAUGUAACGGCGGCGUAUUAUUUGUGUACGCAUCGCUAUUAUUUGCGCCCGAUUUAUAAUAAUAAUAUUUAUCUAACAUCAAGUACAAAUCUAGGAGUUACUUAUUACUUGGAUCCGUCUCUAUGUGGAGUAACUAAGUCAUAAAUUCAUCAGUAUGGUUACCACGAGUUUGACACUGACAUUUUCGCUAACAUCUGCGUAACUUACUUUCUAUACAAAUACAUCUUAGCUCGCACUUAUAUCGCCGGUACGAGCGAUAUGCGUUGAGACUAUUGAGAGUACUUUACGAUACAAGUGCGAAAAAUAGGAAAUUUCUAAAUUGACACGAGUUGCCAAUUAUUCACACUAUCGUACUAACGUUUUACAGUACAUAUGGCACUUUAAAUUUUCGAUAUAGUUACGUAAUGUGCUAAUUAUCGCACUAGUGCGGUAAAGUAGCACCAUAUGUACUGUAAUAGUUAUUUACGAUACAAGUGCGGAAAAGAGGAAAUUCGAAACGAGUGGCGAUAAAUUAAAACACGACCACAGGGAGUGUUUUAAAUCGACACGAGUUGCGAAUUACCUAUCCGCACGUGUAUCGUACAACGUUUUACAGUACAUAUGGCCCUUUAAACUUUCGACAUAUGCACGAAAAGUGCUCUUUUACGCACUAGUGCGAGAAAGUAGCACCAUAUGUACUGUAAAGUAAGUUACGCCAGCGAAUAUGUGAGUGUCAAACUCGUGGUAAGGCUACAGGAAACGAAUUUCUACCAGCUCUAGUAUUAAAGGCCCCAUUCCAUGGAUAAUUUUCAGUUUAUUUUGCAUUAGACAUUCGUUAUCGGUUAUGCCCGACCUCCCUUUCCUUAUCAAAGGUUUAGCUUUAAAGAUUGUUGUUUGCCUUAUAAAAAAUGUGAUCUUAUGACGAUUAUACUUAAAGGGUAUCUUCGCGUUGCGGUUUUAGGCUCCGCCCACAUAAAAAAAAACUCAAAAAUUUUUUUUCAAGCUUAGAAACAAACUAAAAGUAGAAAAAUUCACUGUCUUGGGUGGGACUUGGGCUAGCGAUCCGGUGGUCAUGGGUUCAAGUCCCACCCAAGAGUGAAUUUUGUGGUCGUGAGUUCAAGUCCCGCCCGAGACAGUGAAUUUUUCCACUUUUAAUUUGUUUCUAAGCUUAAUAGCAUCGUUCGUAGACGUUACUGCUUGAUACAUUUUUUUUUUCAAGCCGCAGACCGCAGCGUGUGAAAUAAUAUGCCUUGUAUAAUAAUAACAAAUGAAUUAUGUAUUGUAUAAUAUAAGACUUGACAAUGUAUGGAUUGGGUCAGAGCGGACGACUGUCAAUUGAAGGCAACGGUGAGGCGGAGGGCUUUAUUGAGCGUAAAAAAUCAUUCCACGAGAAUGUCGCUUACGUAACACCGUUCUAAUACUUCUGGAAAUGUUGAGAUAAGCGAUGUAAUAUUUCGUGACUUUGCUAAGGGUGGCAUAAUGAUUCCACCUGUACUUCACUUGCUCUGAAUGUGAUUAUGCAACUAGUAACAAAGGAAAUUUACAGAAACAUUUGAGGACUCAUACUGGCGAGCGACCAUUCAAAUGCGGUCAGAGUAGCGCCGUUGCCGACAGCGUUGCUUUACAAAGGCACAAGAGAACACACACUGGUGAUAAACCGUACAAAUGUGGUCAGUGUAGCGCCGCCUUUAACCAAAGCAGUACUUUACAAAGUCACAAGAGAACACACACUGGUCAGAAACUCUCGAGUGUAAGAAGGCCCGAAGGCCAAAGCCGUACGGCUGCGACUCGUGCACUUACAGGGGUGACGUUAAUACACAUUGGACCAAGAGAAUACGGUUGGAAUACCUCCCUCACAUUGGCAAUAUAUUCUCGAGCUUUUCGAAUUUGGAAAGCAAAAACGUUACGUAAGCGACAUUCUCGUGGAUUUCUCCCAACAAAUUUAUAUGUUGUUUACAAAUUGUUCUGUUAUUAAGCACUAUUUUUUUAUUGCAUUUUAGGCUUUAUUGACAAAGUUGUUCAUUUUACUUGUAAAUUCUAACCUGUUUUCUUCUAAAAAUUGUUCAUUGCAUGUACUGAAGAUACCGUCACAUUUAGCAUAUGUCAUUUUGAACUCGAUUCAUUUAGCACUAAGGUCCGAAAUGGUGCUGGACUAAUAUAAUUUUGAAAAGGCCAACUGAUGUUUCUAAACAUAAUCUCCAUCAAAAGGUUAGAAAACUCGCUAGAUGACAUCUACCCAUCUACGGUAACGAUAAGACAUUUGACGCAAUUUUGUUCGGACAUUACCAGUUCUUACUAUAUCUCUGGUCUCUGGUAUGAAUAUGUUGACAGUGACACAUGUCAGUGAUAAAUGUAUGAACUAAUUUAAUAUUUUGACACGUUUUUUUAUAGUUUUUUCGUAUUCCUGUCAGUAAAGCCCUUUCCGCGAAUACUUUUUUUAUAAAUCGUAAGUUCUUAGUUCCACAGCGAGUAAAAAAUAUGUAAAUUUUUUCUUAUCCUAGUAAGUAAAAGAUCUCAUAUGUCAUAUUUUUUUGUUUUGUCUUUUUUUUAUAUUUUGAGAAACUUCGGAAUAGUCGAGUUGAUUUAAAGACAACCUAUGUAAAAUAAAAUAUAUUGAUGUAUAUA